AUGCCGCAAGUGGAGACCAACGCAGACCUCGACCUCCCGCCAUCUCUUCAGGAAACGAUCAGGGCCGUGCAGCAGCUCUCUAACGGGAAAGCACCCGGAUCGGACGCAAUCCCUGCUGAGGUCUACAAGCACGGAUGUCCCCAACUAAUGGAUCACCGGACUGCGCUAUUCCAGGAGAUGUGGCGUCAAGGUGAAGUCCCGCAUGAUUUCAAAGACGCAAAAAUCGUGCCCCUAUACAAGCGAAAAGGGAAUCGCCAAGUCUGCGACAAUCACCGCGGCAUCUCCCUACUGAACAUCGCCGGGAAGAUCUUCGCUCGCAUCCUCCUCAACCGCUUCAAUACCCACCUGGAACAAGACCUUCUGCCGGAAAGCCAAUGCGGCUUCCGUCGUCAUCGUGGGACCACGGAUAUGAUCUUCGCCGCCCGCCAACUACAGGAGAAGUGCCAGGAAAUGCGGACCCACCUGUACUCUACCUUCGUGGACCUGACAAAAGCCUUCGACACGGUGAAUCGUGAAGGACUGUGGAAGAUCAUGCAGACAUUCGGCUGUCCAAGCGAUUCAUUCAGAUGGUGCGUCAGCUGCACGACGGUAUGAUGGCGCGAGUCACGGACAACGGAGCUGUCUCAGAGGCAAUCGCAAUGACCAACGGAGUGAAGCAGGGAUGCGUGCUGGCGCCUACCCUCUUCAGUCUUAUAUUUCUGCCAUGCUGAUGGACGCCUACCGCGACGAACGCCCGGGGAUCCGACCCGCCUACUGGACGACGGUCACCUGCUGAAUCAACGGCGGAUGCAUUUCCGAUCGCGCGCGUGGAUAUCCACCACCGUUCACGAAUUCCUCUUCGCCGACGACUGCGCCCUGAACACCAUCUCGGAAGAGGAGAUGCAACGAAGCAUGGAUCUGUUCUCCGCCACCUGCGAGAACUUUGGUCUGGUUAUCAACACGCAGAAGACGGUGGUGAUGCAUCAACCGCCACGCCACUCAGCAACGGCCCCCAAUGAGUCGCCGCAAAUCAGCGUGAAUGGGACUCAUUUGCAAGUGGUAGACAACUUCCCGUACCUGGGCACUGCCCUCUCCCGCAACAGCAAGAUCGACGACGAAGUCGCCAACAGGAUCUCGAAAACCAGUCAAGCCUUCGGUUGCCUCCAAAGCACAGUUUGGAAUCUUCACGGACUCCAACUCAGCACGUAGGUGAAGACGUAUAAGACCGUCAUCCUGCCGACGCUGCCGUACGGAGCGGAGACUUGGACGGUGUACAAAAAGCAGGCACGCCGACUGAACCACUUCCACCUCAGUUGUAUUCAUCGCAUCCUGAGGCUGAGCUGGAAGUUCGAAUCCGCUACACCGAUGUGCUGGAACGGACGGGAAUCCUCAGCAACUACAUCACACUGCGACAAAUGCAGCUGCGUUGGAGCGGCCAACUAGUGCGCAUGUACGACGUGCGACUACCCAAACGACUCUUCUACGGAGACGUCGCCACGGGCUCUCACCGUCAAGGAGGCCAAAUUCGCCGUUACAAGGAUACCAUGAAAUCCUCCCUGAAGCGCGUGCAAAUCAACAUGGCCAACUGGGAAGAGCUCGCCCGCGAUUGACCGACCUGGAGGAGGACAGUGAAGACAGGCGCUGCGAUCUACAAAGCCAAUCGCAUCGCCGUCGCCAAAGUGAAACGCGAAGCCCAAUCGGCAUCGAAAACGCACAACCGCUUCCAACAUGUCCUCGAUGUCAACGGGCAUUCCGGGCUCGAAUAGGACUUGUUGGACACCUUCGGAUCAACUGCACUUCUCGAACCGCACCAACCAUCUUCCCCCCGCCCGCCUCUUCCUCCCCGCCACCGCUAACUAAUUCUGACAAUUAUUCUGAACCACCACUUCCAUCCUCGGCCUCCUCCUCCUCCUCCUACUCGUUCUCCUCCUCCUCCUCCACUGCUCCAACGACGGCCGCUCAGGCGACUGUCACGCGCGCAACCGCCGACACUACCACCACCUCCCCCGAAUCCAGUGAUGAGGAUCAGGACUACACCUGCACUCAUUGCGACCGUACAUUCACCUCACACAUCGGCCUGGUCGGUCACUUGCGAAUCCAUCGCACAGAGACUGGCGAACCAGUGCCCGGAGCACCAACCUACACCCACCAAGCCCGUCUCAACUACCCACACUGCCCUCGCAACUUCAGGCAUCUCACGGGCCUAUUCGGCCACAUGCGCAUCCACGACGACCUGCGGUAG